AUGAUACUUCCUGUACUUUGUGGUAACACAUCGGAAUCACCAAGGCUUGAUACGAAUCCCAAGACCUGGAUUCAGAUGCAUGACUUUGGUGCCUUUGGGUUAUCCUCCCAGCUGGAGAAUAAUCUAGAGGGAAUCAAAUCGAAGGUUGCGGAUGAUCCAUGAUCCCUCAACAGGCUCGUUCAGACGGCACGUAAGAUUCUCGAUUGAAAAUAAAUUGUAUCUCAUAGAACAAUCGAAACUUUCAACUGACUUGCGAGCAAUUCAACAAAAACAACGGUAAAUAUCACAGAAACAGUAUGCCUGGAAAAACUGCAAAAGGCACGUCGGCAAAGGAUGUUCUCCUCCCUAAAGCUAUCUUUUCUCAACCCCUCUCAGCCUACAACAUCCCACUCAUAAAACUUAUACUCUCCAUAUUCUAUCAACAAAAGCACUUUCAGACAACGCGAACCACGAGUUAGCCUCCUAUAUAAGCUCUCUCGUGUUGAACAAACUCGAACAGACAAAGUGAGAGAUGCUGUAGCUCAACUUCUUCGUCUCAAUAUACCUAUCACUAGAGCUGCUGUGAAAGCAGGACCCCAUGAUGAAGACGUGGAUGGAGAGCUUACGGGAGUAGAAGAGGGCACGGAUUGUGAAGUUUGUUUGCGAGCUUUAUCCCCAGAAAGCUUUCCUCAACAGGAUAUCGGGACCAAAUGCGAACAUAAGACACAUAUGUGUGCGUCAUGUCUGGAACAGGCAGUUGUGGCAAACGUAGAGAGCAACUCUUGGGACAAUAUACCUUGUCCAUACUCCAGUUGUGAAAGGAUGUUGGAACCAAGUAUCGUGAGGAAGUAUCUCAAAGAGCAGCCACUUGAGAAUUAUAACAACUACAUCGAAAAGUUGGAGAUCCGCAACCUCCCAAACUUUCGAUGGUGUUUAAAUCCCAAAUGUGUUUCUGGCCAAGUCCACAGCGAGGGACCGAAAUAUUUGAGAGUUAUAUGUCAUGCUUGUAAAUCCGAAAGCUGCUUUCUUCAUCGGAUCCCACGAGUUAAAGGAAAGAAAUGCACGGCUUGCGAUAAUGCUGUUUCUCAACAUGAGGGACGCGCAAAAGCACUUAGGAUUACGAAACCGUGUCCAAGAUGCAAAGUACUGACCAUCAUGGAUCCAAUUAAUUGUGGCAGGGCACGAUGCCGUUGUGAAUACUACUGGGAAAAAUCUAGCGCAGGUCGCUGAGAUUAGUUUAUUGUACUUCAAACCCGCCUCUUUAUGGCUACAAAUGAGGAGGAAAUGUGAUAUCCCAUCUAAUGUCACUUCAUUAAUUCUUCAGUACCUGUGGAGCAAUAAAUUGGCUUGAAAUCUGGAGUUUCAUUGCUAGAUAUGACUGGGUUCACAAUG